AUGACUCGUUGGUCCUUCUCCUCCACUGGAGACGAGGUAGUCGCAGCCUUCAAAGACCGCGUUCAAGGCAAAACAAUACUCAUAACCGGUCCCUCAGAAGGCGGGAUUGGCGCCCAAACAGCCCUCACCCUCUCUUCUGGCCUCCCCUCCCACCUCAUUCUCACCGGCCGCUCCCUCCCUAAAAUCCAACCUGUUAUAGCUGCCAUCAACGCCUCCCACCUGUCGGUAAAAACAACAUUCAUAGCCUGCGACCUAUCCUCUCAAGCUUCCGUCCGCGCUGCAGCUAAAGAGAUCAAUGCCUUAGUUGAGAAGAUUGAUAUCCUAAUCUGCAAUGCGGCGAUUAUGGCUUGUCCGUAUGUGAAGAGUGUGGAUGGGAUUGAGAGCCAACUUGCGACGAAUCACGUGGGACAUUUUCUCCUGGUGAAUUUGCUCAGGGGGAAGUUGUUGGAGAGGGGCACGAGGGUGGUGGUUGUGGGGAGUAGUGCGUAUGCUCAUGGUGGUGUGAGGUUUGAAGAUUGGAAUUUUGGGGAUGGGAAGACGUAUAAUGAGUGGGAGGCAUAUGGACAAUCGAAGACGGCAAAUAUGCUGUUUGUUAAGGGUCUUGCUAGGAAGAUGGAGAAGACCGGUGGAUUUGCGUUCUCGUUGAAUCCUGGCUCUAUCCUCUCAAACCUCCAAGUUCAUAUGCUCAGUGAUGAAGCCAUCCUAGCCGACGGUCUCGCCCGAAUGACAGCAUCUGAAGCGAAGGAAGGGAGAAAAUUUGUUCGUGCUCAAAGGAAGACUUUGGAGCAGGGAUGUGCAACUACUCUGGUUGCAGCGCUGGAUCCGGAACUUGAAAAGUUUAGCGGAGAGUAUUUGGACGAUGGAGAUGUGAGUAAGGUGAAGGUGAGAGAGUAUGCGACAACUUUGGAGAAUCAGGAGAAGCUGUGGAAGCUUAGCGAGGAGUUGGUUGGGGAGGAGUUUGUAUGGUAG